CGAAAACCAUUACAAAUAUCGUCCAAUAUGUUAAUUGUUCUUUGGAAUAUGGCGGCAGUAGGAGCUUCGUUCAACCAUGUCUCAAGAGAAUCCUCAGAUAUCGAUCGACUUGCUAACUUCUACCAAGAGAUAUUCGGAUUUGAACGAAUAGAAAGCCCUAAAUUCGAAUUCAAGGUAAUAUGGCUAAGGCAAUCACCAUCUUUCUGUCUGCAUCUGAUCGAAAGGAACCCAAACACGAAGCUGCCAGAAGGCCCAUGGAGUGCAACCGAUGCUGUUGCGGAUACUAAGAACCUUUUCAGAGGCCAUCAUCUUUGUUUCACUGUUUCCAAUUUUGACUCCUUCGUCAAAACCCUCAAGGAGAAAGGUAUUGAGAUACAUGAGAGGACUCAACCGAAUGGAAAAACUAAGCAAGUCUUCUUCUUUGAUCCUGAUGGUAAUGGAUUGGAGGUUGCUAGCCAGUGAUGACCUAGAAUAGUGACUUGGAUAUGUCCUUUUUAGUCUUAAAACAAAUGUAAGCAUUAUGUAUUUUAGUCAUGUAAUUAAAAACAAACCAAAAUUGUAUGAUAUAUGGUUAAUAAGAGCUUAAAUAUUUCUCCAU